UCAGGUUUAUUUAUUUCUCUGGAUCAGCCAACCCUUAGCAUCCAAAAAGAUGUCCUCACGGUAACUGCAAACGACACUCUAAAUAUUACGUGCAGCGGUCAGAGACCACUGGAGUGGUCCUGGCCAAGCAACCAGAGCAGUGCAGAGAAGCGUGUCUCGGUGACGGACUGCAGCGAUGGCCCCUACUGCAAGACGCUGACUCUCCUCAAGGUCAUCGGCAACGACACAGGGGACUACAGGUGCCUUUACAGGGACAACCAGGCAGCUACAACCAUUUACAUCUAUGUUCAAGAUUACAGAUCUCCGUUUGUGACUUCAGUCAGCGAUCAGCUUGGCAUCGUGUACAUCACCAAGAACAAAACCGUGGUGGUGCCGUGCCUUGGAACCGUAUCAAAUCUCAACGUAUCUCUGCACGCGAAAUACCCGGAAAAGAUAUUUGUUCCUGAUGGCAAAUCGAUUUCGUGGGAUAACAAGAAAGGCUUCACUAUACCCAGUCAUUUAAUCAACUACGCGGGCAUGGUCUUCUGCGAAGCUAAAAUAGACGACGAGAGCUACCAGUCUGUGAUAUACAUAGUCGCAGUUGUAGGAUACCGAAUUUAUGACCUGACGAUGAACCCGCACUACCAAGUAGAGCUGGCAGUAGGAGAAAAACUUGUGCUCAAUUGCACCGUAAGAACGGAGCUGAAUGUAGGGAUUGAUUUUAAAUGGGACUACCCUUCCAUCAAGGAAAAACGUGCGACCAUCAGGGACUUAAAAACCACUGCAGGAGAAGUAAAGAAGUUUGUGAGCACCCUGACCAUCGACAGCGUGUCCUUAAGUGACAAAGGUCGAUAUACUUGCGCAGCAUCCAGUGGCCGGAUGAACAUGAAAAACAGCAGUUACUUCAUUAUCCAUGAAAGUCCUUUUAUUCAUCUGGAGAGAAUGGAGAAUAUGGUUGAGACGAGGCUAGGUGAUACAGUCAGAAUUCCUGUAAAGUUUAAAGGAUACCCUCCGCCAGAGGUGAAAUGGUAUAAAAACGGAAAAGCCAUCAAUGCAAAUCAUACGGUUAAACUUGGCUACACGUUAGUGAUCACUGAAGCGGCUGAAAAGGACGCUGGGAAUUACACCGUUGUCCUUACGAACCCUACCAACAAGAUGCAGAAGAGACACACGUUUACCCUGCUUGUGAACGUCCCCCCCCAGAUCGGCGAGAACGCACUGCUGGCCCCCGUUGACUCCUACAAGUAUGGCUCGACGCAGGCGCUCACCUGCCCGUCUGCCGCCCCCCGCCCCCCCCCCGCCAUCCUCUGGCACUGGCAGGAGGAGGAGGAGUGCACGUUCAGCCCCCAGAAAGUUCGCUCAGGAGCCAAUCCGUAUGCGUGCAGGAAAUGGAAAGUGAUCUCGGAGAGAAAGGGUGGGAAUCAGGUUGAAAUUAAGCACCGCGUCGUUACUAUUGCCGGGAAAACAAAGACUGUGAGCACCCUUGUGAUUCAAGCAGCGAAUGUAUCUGCUUUGUAUAGAUGUAUGGCUACGAACAGAGCUGGGUCAAGCGAGAGAGUCAUCUCCUUUCAUGUCACCAGGGGUCUUGAAAUUAAUCUCCAGCCUCGCAAUCAGCUCACAGAGAAGGAUAACAUGUCCUUGCAAUGCACAGCAGACAAAUUCACCUUUGAGAAGCUAGCGUGGUACAAACUCAGCGCUCACGCCUCGCAGGCUCCCUUUGGAGGGCUGCCCAUGCCCGUCUGCAAGAACCUCAAUGCUCUCCAGAAGCUGAACGCGACGGUUUCAAAUAUGAAUGGUGAAAACGUCACCUUGGAGCUCAUCCUUCGUAACAUCUCCCUCCAGGAUGGAGGGGACUAUGUGUGCAUCGCUCAGGACAAAAAGGCUAAAACGCAGCACUGCCUGGUGAAGCACCUCACCGUCCAAGAGCCCAUGGCACCCACACUCAUACGAAAUCUGGAAAAUCAAACGACAAACGUUGGCGAAACCAUAGAAGUGUCAUGCAUUUUUUUCAUUCCUCCUCCAAACAUCAUGUGGUUUAAAAAUAACGAAACCCUGGUAGAAGAUUCAGGUAUUGUUUUGAAAGAUGGAAACAAAACACUAACCAUACGUCGAGUGAGGAAAGAAGAUGGAGGUCUGUACACCUGCCUUGCCUGCAACAUCCUUGGAUGCAGAAAAGCGGUGGCUUUUUUCUCAGUGGAAGGCGCUGAAGAGAAAACAAAUCUGGAGCUCAUUAUCCUCGUUGGCACUGCGGUGAUUGCCAUGUUCUUCUGGUUGCUUCUCGUAAUCAUCCUCCGGACCGUUAAGCGGGCCAAUGGAGGGGACAUGAAGACUGGCUACUUGUCCAUCAUCAUGGAUCCCGAUGAAGUCCCUAUAGACGAGCACUGCGAACGGCUCCCGUAUGAUGCCAGCAAGUGGGAGUUCCCCAGAGACCGGCUGAAACUGGGUAAACCUCUGGGGCGUGGAGCUUUUGGCCAGGUCAUAGAAGCAGACGCCUUCGGGAUCGACAAAACGGCUACCUGCAAAACGGUGGCAGUCAAGAUGCUUAAAGAGGGUGCAACCCAUAGUGAGCACAGGGCGCUUAUGUCCGAGCUGAAGAUCCUCAUCCAUAUUGGCCAUCAUCUCAACGUUGUCAACUUACUUGGAGCCUGCACGAAGCCAGGAGGCCCGCUCAUGGUGAUCGUGGAAUAUUGCAAGUAUGGAAAUCUGUCAGCUUACCUGCGGAGCAAGAGGAGUGAAUUUGUUCCGUACAAGACCAAAAGUGCCAGGUUUCGGCAGGGGAAGGAGAACUAUGUUGGUGAAGUCUCUGCGGACCUGAAGCAACGGCUGGACAGCAUCACGAGCAGCCAAAGCUCAGCAAGCUCUGGCUUUGUGGAGGAGCGGUCCCUGAGUGACGUGGAAGAGGAGGACGCUGGUCCUGAAGACCUUUGCAAGAACCCUUUGACCAUGGAGGACCUCAUCUGUUACAGCUUCCAGGUGGCGAGGGGAAUGGAGUUCUUGGCUUCACGCAAAUGCAUCCACAGGGACCUGGCUGCUCGUAAUAUCCUCUUAUCAGACAAUAACGUGGUCAAAAUCUGUGAUUUUGGCUUGGCUCGAGACAUCUACAAAGACCCAGAUUACGUCAGGAAAGGAGAUGCCAGACUACCCCUAAAAUGGAUGGCACCAGAAACCAUUUUUGAUCGAGUAUAUACCAUUCAGAGUGAUGUAUGGUCCUUUGGAGUUCUGCUGUGGGAAAUAUUUUCGUUAGGCGCGUCACCGUACCCUGGAGUGAAAAUUGAUGAGGAAUUUUGCAGAAGACUGAAAGAAGGAACAAGAAUGAGAGCACCAGACUAUACAACACCAGAAAUGUACCAAACGAUGCUGGAUUGCUGGCAUGGAGAUCCGAAGCAGAGACCGACUUUUUCAGAGCUGGUGGAGCACCUGGGGAACUUACUACAAGCCAAUGUCCGUCAGGAUGGUAAAGACUACGUUGUCCUUCCUUUGUCAGUAUCGCUGAAUAUGGAAGAGGAUUCGGGUCUCUCUCUCCCAACUUCAGCUGCUUCCUGUAGGGAGGAAGAGGAAGUCUGUGAUCCUAAAUUCCAUUAUGACAACGCAGCAGGGAUCAGUCAGUACCGACAAGGUAGCAAAAGAAAAAGCCGCCCUGUGAGUGUGAAAACAUUUGAAGAUGUCCCAUUGGUAACCACUGUAAAAGUUGUUCAGGAGGAAAACCAGACAGACAGUGGGAUGGUUCUUGCAUCUGAAGAGCUGAAGACGUUGGAAGAGAGCGAUAAACAAGUGAAAAUACCCUUUAGCACCCUGGUGCCCAGCAAGAGCAACGAGUCCGUCAUGUCCGAAGCCUCCAACCAGACGAGCGGGUACCAGUCCGGGUACCACUCGGACGACAUGGACACCACCGUCUACUCCAGCGAGGAGACUGAACUCUUGUGCACCCAGGAGGCUUCACCGCUCUAG